UUUUUGUUAUUCCAGAUUAAAGUAGAAAGAAAAAAUCAAAUCAAAUCUGAAUGUCAAGAAACACGUGUUAUUGUUUUUAUUUACAAUUUUUCAUACAAAGAAAAUUUCUAAAAAUUUAAAAAUGAAAUUUUCGUAUAAAUUUUCAAAUUUACUUGGGACCAUCUAUUGCCGUGGGAACUUAUGUUUUACGCCUGAUGGAAACUCAAUUAUAAGCCCUGUUGGGAAUAAAUUAACAAUUUAUGACUUAAAAAAUAAUAAAUCUAAAACAUUAUCGUUGGAGAGUAAAUACAAUUACGCAGUAAUAGCGUUGUCUCCCGAUGGAAAUAUUCUAUUAGCAUGUAACGAAUACGGACAAUGUCAAAUGAUUAGUAUGGUGUCAUGCACAGUAAUUCAUAAUCAUAAAUUCAAGACUAGUGUUCAAGUUAUAGAAUUUAGCCCAGAUGGAAAGUUUUUUGCUGUUGCGAUGGAAAAUAUGCUACUUGUCUUUAAAACGCCAGGUGAAAUAUCUGGAGAAUAUAGUCCAUUUAUAUUAGAAAGAAAAUUUAUCGGGGCAUACGACGAUAUUACCUGUGUGUCUUGGUCUACAGAUUCCAGACUUUUAGCUAUAGGUAGUCGCGACAAUUCAACAAAAAUUUGCGCAUUAAAAUUAUUGGAAAAUUUUCGAACAUAUGUACUUGGCGGUCAUACAGAAGGUAUAAUAGGAUCGUUUUUUGAAGAUAAUUCUCUGCAUUUGAACACUAUUAGCAAAAAUGGUCAACUUUGCAUAUGGGAAUGUAAUUUGAAUUUGCAUGAAUUGACUGAAAAACCUAAAAUUAAACAAGAAAUAAUGGAAGAGGAACCUCCUAUAAGAAGACGUAGAGAUGAUUCCGAGAGUAGCGAUAGUGAAGACGACGACAUUGAUGAAGAAAAUGCAGUAGAAAAGGAUAAAAAUAAGGACCUUGAAAACGAUCUAAUAAACAAAGAUGAAAAUGAAUUAAAAGAUGAAGAUAAAAAAAAAUUGCAUCCCUUUUUUUAUAAAAAGAUAGCGCGCCAUUAUCUGGCAGAUGAACCCAGGAAGGAGCAGAAAAACGCUUACGUAACUUCAGCCAAUUACAAUAAAAAAACAAAAAUAUUGGUUGUUGCAUUUUCUACUGGGGCCUUUUAUUUGUAUGAACUUCCUGAUGUUAAUAUGAUCCACUCCUUAAGUAUUUCAGAUUAUCCUAUUACGGCAACUUGUUUUAAUAGUACUGGGGAUUGGUUGGCUUUGGCUUCGUCAUCAUUAGGACAAUUGCUGGUUUGGGAAUGGCAAAGUGAACAAUAUAUAAUGAAGCAGCAGGGGCAUAUGAGUGAAAUGAAUUGUAUAUCGUAUUCUCCCGAUGGUCAGUACAUAGCUUCUGGCGGUGAAGAUUCGAAGGUUAAAUUAUGGAAUGUAAAUAAUGGUUUUUGUUUCGUUACUUUUACUGAGCAUACUGCUGGUGUAACUGGAAUUGAAUUUAGUAACAACAAAAAGUUUUUAAUAAGUAGCUCUUUAGAUGGGACUGUAAGAGCGUAUGAUAUUAUAAGAUAUCGAAAUUUUCGUACUUUUACUUCACCAAGUCCAGUUCAAUUUUCUUGUGUUGCAAUCGAUAGUUCAAGUGAAUUAGUUGUGGCAGGUGGCUUAGACGUUUUUGAAAUAUACUUGUGGUCGAUAAAAUUGGGAAAGCUUUUAGAAAUUAUAAGUGGGCAUGAAGGUCCUGUUUGUUCAAUUGCUUUUUGCCCAAGUCCUACAUCGUCUACUCUUAUCUCAGGUUCAUGGGAUAAAACGGUUAAGAUUUGGAAUUGUUUAGAAAAUGAUAGCCAACAUGAAACUAUUGAAGUAUUAUCUGAUGUAACCUGCGUUGCCUUUAGUCCAAGCGGGUUGGAAAUGGCGAUUGCCACUCUUAGCGGAAGUAUUAGUUUUUUUGAAGUGAAAACUAGUCAACAAAUUACAUCAAUUGAAGGACGUAAUGAUUUAGGAAGCGGAGUUUCUGAAAUAGAUGUUAUUACAGCUAAGAAAAAUUUACAAGGAAAAUGUUUUACAACAAUUACUUAUUCUGCUGACGGAGAAUGUGUCUUAGCAGCUGGAAAAUCAAAAUACGUUUGCAUUUAUCACGUUCGGGAAGGAAUUUUAUUAAAAAAAUUCGAAAUCACACAAAAUCAUAGUUUUGAUGGAAUGAAUGAGUUCAUUAGUCGAAGAAAUAUGACGGAAUUUGGAAAUAUGGCAUUAAUAGAAGAACGUGAAAAUUUGGAAGGUGGAAAUGUUGCAAUCCGUUUGCCAGGUGUACAAAAAGGUGAUAUGGCUACUAGAAAUUAUAAGCCAGAAAUUAGAGUAUUCUGUGUCAGAUUCUCACCGAAUGGUCAACAAUGGUCAGCCGCAUGUACAGAGGGACUGCUGAUAUAUUCUUUAGGAAAAGGAAUGGUUUUCGAUCCAUUUAAUUUGUCAUUAGAAGUUACUCCAAAAGCAGCUAGAGAAUGUCUAAAAAAGGGACAUCAUUUACAAGCUAUUAUAAUGGCAAUUAAGCUAAAUGAACCAAGUUUAAUACAAGCUGUUUUAGAGAGUUGCCCUGUUAAAGAUAUUGAAUUAAUUUCGGCAUCGAUACCAAAUGAGUAUGCACAAAGACUUUUAUUGAAUAUAUCAAAACUUAUACAAUCAACACCUCAUAUUGAAUUUUAUUUGAAAUGGUCCUGCUGUUUACUAACACAUCAUGGUAAUAAAGAGAAUGUUUUUGAAAAUUCUUCAUUGUUGUCAUUACAUGAGAGUUUAUCUAGGAAAUAUGAGUCAUUACAUAAAAUAUGUGACUUUAAUAAAUAUACCUUGAAAGUUUUGAUUGAUUUAGCUCAGAUUACUAAAACGGAUAAAAAUAAAAAUUUAGAUGAAAAUGAUGAAGAAUCAGAUGAAGAUGAAAAUAUUUUAAUUAAAUCAAAAAAUUUAUUAAAUGGUGAUAAAAAUGAUGAUGAUGAUUUUAUUUCUCUUGAAAAUGCAAAUGGUAUUGAAUCUGGUAAUGAUACUAGUGAGGAUGAAUGAUGAUGGUGAUAAAAAUAACAGUUAAACUUGAAAUAAUUACUUGACUACAUUUUUAUUGUAUACUUUAAGAAUUAAUAAAAUAUUAUUGUAAGAAUUUAUAUAAUAUA